UUGUCUCCAUCUGUGUAAUUAGUUUUUUAAUUAAACUAUAUUUAAUACUUCUAAUUAAUGUCAAAACAUUAGAAUAGUGAGGGGCAAAAAUGUUGCCAGGAUCCAAACACACCGUCGGUCUCUCUCCACUCAAAUGCCAGGCCCGUUCGCUUCGCUUCCGAUUCCCCAGGUCGGCUGUGAGGCCAGCGAGAGGUUAUUUAAUUUUAUUGUCGCGGUUCCUUCCUCGGAAAGGCUAGCUAGCACACAACUCUCGCCCUCACACACCGAUCUAUGGCAGGGAUGGUGACGGCGGCCGUGGUGGCGCCCUUCCUCAUCGUCAUGCUCUGCUUCUGCAUCUUUCUCUGUGCCAUGUGGUACCGCGGCGGUGCGCGCGGCGUGGGGAUGUGGCUACUGUUCGGCGGCGCUGGCGGAGGAGCGGACGCGGCGUGGUGCUACCAAGGCAGUCCGGGCAACAAGUCUAUGGCGAAGCUGCCGCGCCGGGAGGUGGGCGAGGGCGAGGUGCUGGAGUGCGUCAUAUGCAUCACGGAGCUCGCGGCCGGGGAGACGGCGCGCGUGCUGCCUCGGUGCGGACACGAGUUCCAUGUCGACUGCAUCGACAUGUGGCUCAACACCCACUCCACCUGCCCGCUCUGCCGGGGCGCCGCAGGCGACGACGACGACCCGCACGUGCCGCCAGCCGUGCCCAUCCCCGAGGUCGCCCCAGAGCCACCGAACUUCCCCACCGACCUCCUCUUCUUCGGUUCCCAUGACGAGGUCAGAACUCUGAACCUGUCGCUCGCGAUAGCAGCCGCCAGCCUUCACGGCGCCUUCUCUGCACCGCAAGAAGGGCGGUAGUCGACGCAGGCAGGCGGGUUGCGGAGAUUGAGCGAGCUGCUGUAGAGGAGUCGUGUUCUAGUACACAGUGGCGUGCCAUAUGCAUAGUUUGCAAUAGUAUAUAGUAGGGGUAAAAAGACCCGGCUUUUGGGGACCAAGUAAUCGGCCAUGAGUUCAUAAUCUGCAUUUCCCGAUCCACCUUGUCUUUUUAUAAUCUGCAUGAGAUCCAAACUAAUUACAGAUCUCUUUUACC